CGAAGACGGCAGCGGCGACCUGCAGUUUCCCGAGUUCGACAAGGCCCUCGUCGAAAUCCUCGCAAUCGACGAGGAAUCCUCGGCGAGGAUGCUCGCCGGGCGCAGGGCGCUUUUCGACCGCUACGACCGGGAUACCACCGAGGACCUGUCCUACGAGGAACUGGCCGACGGGCUCUUCCGACUCAAGCCGCAUCCGCUGGCUGACGUGGAGUCCCGGCGCCUGAUGGAGAAGAUCCGCAAGGGGAUCGUCACGAGCGAGGGCAUCUACGGCCUCCGGUACUUUGGCUUCAACCUCCGCACCAUGGACGAUCAGAAGCUCGGCUACUUGCCCGUCGACGAGCUGCUCGUAUGCCUAAAAGACGUCAAUGUUCAAAUCGCUGACCACGAGAAGAAACUGCUCCUGAAGUUCUUCGACCUGAGCCCCGCUCCGAAGGGGACCAUCGACAUCACCGAGUUCAUGCGCGGCAUCCGCGGCAAGUUUCUGAAGUCUCGCAUAGCGCUGCUCGAGCGCGUGUGGAGGGAGAAGAUCGCCCCCACCGGCGCGCAGAAGGUGCCCAUAAAGGAGGUUCUCCGCUUGAUCGACUUUACGCACGACCCAGACGUGUUCACCGGCCGACUCACUAGGGAGCAGGCCAUCAGGGACUUCCCGGACCUCUGGGACAAGAACUUGGACGGGUUCAUCAACUGGCACGAGUUUGUUGACUUUUACCGCGACAUCUCCGCUGCCCUUGAAACCGAAGCGCACUUCGAGAUGAUUCUCAGGAACGCUUGGAGCUUUAACUUCGUCGAGACUAAUACCAUCAAGACCAUAGGAAGGAGGGUCCUCGUGUCGCUCAAGAACGGUCAUAAGAAGUACGUGGACUUUGACGUGCCGGAGGAUGAGUACUUCAACCCCGACGACUUGACGUUCAUGCGCAAGAAGCUGUUCCUGCGCGGCGUCAAGGACGUCCUGAUGGUGCACGACGCCGGUCUCGCGCCAGAGAAGCACAAGACCGGCGCGACGUCAAGGGGUAUCGUGGCCGAGCAGGCCUUGGGCUACGGGUCCAUGCGCGCCGGGUAGAGUAGCACUAACUAAUAAGCC